AGAAUCUUUGCCAGAGGAAAACAUGGAUAGCUUCAGCUUAACAAAAUCCCUUUGAAAAAGAAAAAAAGAGAGAAAGAAUUACAGCAAAGUCUCCAGAGCGAAGCCCCAUAUUCAUGCAAAACUCCCACCAUCUUCCCAUCUCUAAACCCUUUCGAAACCCCAUGUCAAUACCUCUUAAAUCCCCCUCAUGGUCCUCUACAAGAAGACUUUUUGAACAAAAACUCCAGGACCUCCAUAAAUGCAACAAUUUAAGCCAUGUUAAACAGCUUCAAGCCCAAAUUAUCAAACAAAAUCUUCACCAAGACCUUUAUAUUGCUCCCAAGUUGAUCUCAGCUUUCUCUCUAUGCCGCCAAUUGGCCUUGGCUCUUAACGUUUUUAACCAAAUUCAAGACCCCAAUGUUCAUUUGUACAACACUUUGAUUAGAGCCUGUGUGCAGAACUCACAGCCAACCCAGGCUUUUUCUUUCUACUUUGAAAUGCUAUGGAACGGGAUUUUGGCUGAUAAUUUCACUUACCCUUUUCUGUUGAAGGCUUGUAAUAGUUUGAAAUUGCUGCAAAUGAUACAUACCCAGAUUGAAAAGAAUGGUUUUUUGGGUGAUAUUUUUGUACCCAAUGCUCUUAUUGAUAGUUAUUCGAAGUUUGGAGAAUUGGGUGUUAAAGCAGCUUGGAAGUUAUUUUCGGUAAUGGAAGAUAGAGAUGUUGUUUCAUGGAAUUCUAUGAUGGCAGGGUUGUUGAAAGUUAGGCAGUUGAGGGAAGCUAGGAAGUUGUUCGAUGAAAUGCCCGAGAGAGAUAUAGUUAGUUGGAAUACAAUCUUGGAUGGAUUUGUUAAAGCGGGAAUAAUGGAGGAAGCUUUUGAAUUGUUUCAAAAGAUGCCUCAGAGGAAUGUGGUGUCUUGGUCAACUAUGGUUAUGGGUUAUAGCAAGGCAGGGGAUAUGGACAUGGCUAGAGUUUUAUUUGAUAAGAUGCCGCUCAAGACAUUGGUUCCUUGGACUAUUAUUAUAUCCGGAUAUGCAGAAAAGGGGUUGGCGAAAGAGGCUAUUGACUUGUAUGAUCAAAUGGAGCGACAUGGAUUGAGGUUGGACGAUGGAUCCGUUAUUAGUAUAUUGGCUGCUUGUGCGGAGUCUGGUUUAUUAAAAGUGGGUAUAAAAGUGCACGAUUCAAUAGAGAGGCUUAACUUUAGAUGUAGCAUUACUGUGUCUAAUGCAUUAGUUGAUAUGUACGCAAAGUGUGGCAGUCUAGACAAGGCGCGGAGUGUCUUUAAUGGAAUGGCAAAAAGAGAUGUAGUUUCAUGGAAUGCAAUGCUGCAUGGAUUUGCUAUGCACGGUCGUGGCAGAGAAGCACUUCAUGUUUUCUCUAGAAUGAAGAUGCAAGGAUUUCAGCCAGAUAGAGUUACUUUCGUAGGUGUGUUGUGUGCUUGUACCCAUGCAGGCUUUAUCGAUGAGGGUGUAGAAUACUUCUACGCAAUGGAGAAAGAUUAUGGGAUUGUUCCUCAAAUUGAGCAUUAUGGUUGCAUGAUUGACCUUUUAGGCCGAGGAGGGCGCUUGAAGGAAGCAUUUAGACUUAUGCAUACCAUGCCUUUUGAGCCAAAUGCCAUUAUAUGGGGUACUCUUUUGGGGGCAUGCCGAUUGCAUGAUGCUACGGAACUCACAGAGAAGGUGCUUGAUCACCUUCUUGAGUUGGAUCCCUCUGAUCCAGGAAAUUAUUCCAUGGUAGCGAAUAUUUUUGCUGCAGCGGGAGAUUGGGACAGCGCAGCAAGUGUAAGGCUUCAAAUGAGGAGCAUAGGGGUUCAAAAACCUUCAGGAGCAAGUUCUAUUGAAAUAGACAACGAAGUCCAUGAGUUCACUGUAUUUGAUAGGUCACACCCUAAAUUUGAUAGAAUAUAUCAAAUACUUGACAGAUUGGGUCAGGAACUUAAGCGAGCUGUACAUCCCGAAGAUACUGCCUUACCGGUAGAACCGUAGAAGUCAAUAGGUGGUCGUGAUUUAGAUAGAGGCACUAUUGCAAUAUUGUUUAGUUGCGAUUUUCGAUCAGCUUAACAGUCCAAUUGGUAGGAUCCCUUCUGCAAAAGCAUGUAUUUCGAAAAAGUGUCAAUUUCUUCUCUACUACCUUAGUUGCAAGUUUAACUAGGAUAGAGGAGAUUGACACUGGCCAAAUGUGAAACCAGGGGUGCAUGGGUGGAGUAUGGAGCAUUAUUUAUUUUGUAUGCAAUUAUAUUUGUAAACUUACUCUAAUACCAAUGUGUUACAUAUUUGUUCAAAUCAGAUGAAACAUUUUAGUUGAUAAUCGAUGUUCUUCUCGAUACAACUUAUCCUGUUACUGUUCCCAUGUUAUUAAACAGUUUCAGACACAUCUAUAUUCUUUGUGCAGUUCU